UUUUGAGUGACAAGCUGGCCCGACGCUAUACUUCUAAAAUUUGAUAGCAAGCGAAGUUCUUUCAGAAUCUAAAAAUCAAAAUGAGUUUAAAGAAAAAAGCAUGUGGUCUAUGGUGCAAGCACAAACCAUCGCAAAAUCAAAAAGCAUUGGCCGUAGCCUUCGCACCAUCCGCUGUCACCUUUGGGCUGGCUGCAGCAUUGGCUGUUGUUUACUAUACCGAUUGGAAAGUUAUUGCCGGAUGGAUUCCCCUAUAUAAUACCAAGUUUCCUAAGCCUGAAGACCCUAAGAAAAAAAAGUAAUAGGAGAUGAAGGCUGCCGCUCGCUUAUUUUUAGUCUUUAUGCUUGAACAAAAUCGUACUCUUGAAGAUCGUGACUUCUGGGGAAAAUUAUACAAAUAAACGGUUUUACUGGUA